AUGGCUCUUCUCCGGCGAGACUCCCUGGUAACCAGGCAGCUGCUGCGGUUGGUUCUGUUACACACGGCCUGGGAGGUGGGCAGCGGCCAGGUCCGUUAUUCCGUGCCGGAGGAAUCCAAACACGGCACCUUUGUGGGCCGCCUGGCCCAGGACCUGGAACUGGAGGUGGCGGAGCUGGUGCCUCGGAUGUUCCGGAUGGUCUCCAACAGCAGGAGAGACUAUUUUGAGGUAAAUUUGCAGAACGGCGUUUUGUUUGUUAAUUCGCGAGUAGACAGGGAAGAGCUGUGUGGCCAGAGCCCCCUGUGCGCCAUUGACCUGGAGGUGAUAGUGGACAAACCCCUGAGGAUAUUUCACGUGGAAGUGGAGAUACAGGAUAUAAAUGACAAUGCUCCUGCUUUUUCCGUAAAUGAGCAAAACCUGAGUAUAGCAGAAUCACUAACUCUUCCAGGUUCGCGUUUCCCACUAGAGGGCGCGUCUGACGCAGAUAUUGGUACAAACUCUCUGCUAACCUAUAAACUCAGCCCAAGCGAACAUUUCACUCUAGAUGUCACAACUAACGACGACCAAAUCAAAUCUGCAGAGCUUGAGUUAAAGAAAUCUCUGGACAGAGAGGAAACACCCGUAUAUCGUUUAUUACUCACCGCCACUGACAGGGGCAAACCGGAGCUCACCGGCACAGUUCAGCUGGUGAUCACGGUGCUGGAUGUGAAUGAUAACGCGCCUGUAUUUAAUCAGUCAGUUUAUAAGGUCCAAAUGCUAGAAGCUUCAGCUAAUGGGACAUUAGUCAUCAAACUUAACGCCACAGACUUGGAUGAAGGUAUUUAUAAGGAUAUUACAUAUGCCUUUAGCAGUCUUGUUCCUCCCUAUGUUAAGGACAUGUUUAAAAUAUAUGGAAAUUCUGGUGAAAUCAGGGUUAAAGGGAAAAUGGAUUUCGAAUACAUUAACUUGUACGAAAUUCAAGUUUCGGCCAAGGAUAAGGGGAAUCCCCCACUGGCUGGACACUGCAGAGUUGUGGUGGAAGUUUUAGACAUGAACGACAACGCUCCUGAAAUAACAGUCUCUUCUCAAUCUCUGCCGGUUCCGGAGGACGCUUCCUCGGGGACAGUAGUGGCUCUUAUUAGCGUCUCUGACCGGGACUCGGGAGACAACGGCAAAGUCACCUGCUCCAUCCCCCCGAACCUGCCCUUUCGGCUCGUCUCCACCUUUAAGAAUUAUCACUCGCUGGUGCUGGCGGAGGCCGUGGAUCGGGAGCGAGUGUCUGAAUAUAAGAUCCUGGUGACAGCCAGAGACGAAGGGGCCCCGUCUCUCUCGGCCAGCAGCAGCAUUUUGGUGCCGAUCGCGGAUGUGAACGAUAACGCCCCCGCUUUCCCUCAGCCCGUUUACAUGGUGUUUGUGAAGGAAAACAACCCGCCCGGGGCCCAUCUCUUCACCGUGUCGGCCUCGGACCCGGACCUGAGGGAAAACGCCUUUGUGAGCUACUCAGUGGUGGAGCGGAGUGUGGGAGAGCAGCCCCUGUCCAGCUACAUCUCGGUGCACUCGGAGAGCGGGCACAUCUAUGCCCUGCAGCCCUUUGACUACGAGGAGCUGCAAGUGCUGCAGUUCCAGGUGAGCGCGAGGGACGCCGGGUUCCCGUCGUUGUGCGGGAACGUGACUGUGCAGCUCUUUGUCCUGGAUGAAAAUGACAACGCGCCCGCAGUGUCCCCGGCUGGCUCCGGCCGCGGCUCGCCAGGGCCCGAGCUGGUUCCGCUGUCGGCCGGCGCAGGGCACGUGGUGGGCAAGAUCCGAGCGGUGGAUGCGGAUUCCGGCUACAACGCGUGGCUUCGCUACGAAGUGCAGGAGCCCAGGGCUUCGGGGCCUUUCCGGGUGGGUGUGUACAGCGGGGAGAUCAGCACCACCCGGGCCUUGGAGGAGGCGGACGGCCCCAGCCAGAGACUCGUGAUCCUGGUGAAGGACCAUGGGGAGCCGGCGCUGUCAGCGACAGCCACUGUCAGCCUGUCCCUGGUGGAGAGUCCCCAGGCUGUGAAAUGGGACUCGAGGCAAAGGGGCAGGAGCGAAGGGCCCUUGGUUGACAUGAAUGUGUCUCUAAUGAUCGCCAUUUGCUCGGUGUCCGGGCUGUUUGUGCUGGUGAUUGUCGUGUACGUUGGCCUGAGAUGCCACCCGGGUCCGGAAGUGAUGUGCGAGCCUAGGAAAGCCACCGUGGUGUGCUCGAGCGAAGUGGGGAGUUGGUCCUAUUCCCAGCGCCAGAGCCGGAACUUGUGUGUAGGGGAAGGCACCGCCAAGAAUGACCUCAUGGUUUUCAGCCCCAACUUCCCUCACACUGCAGAGAAUGGUGAGCACGAGAAACUACAGGGAGCACAGGGCAAGGUGAUUUUCCUCAAAAGUGGACAUUCCUUCUCUGACAAGUCUUUGCCAGUUAUCCCUAUUCUGCGCUACUGUCUCCUAGUGUGUGGUGUCAAUGCCACAUCUCUUGAUGUCUAG